AGAUCUGUCAUCUCAGCCCAGUCUCGUGUUUGGCCUGGUUGGCAUUAGUGAUCGUUCGAACUGUUCGCUUUCCUUUCGCUACGGACGGAUUCCAAAGAAGAGAAGGUUAACUCACGGUGGCCACAAAUCCGUGUGUUUUCAAGAAGCAGUAUUAGUUGGUGUUGCGUUUCCUGAAUAAUCAUUAGCAAUGUCCGACUCUGUAGACAACCACUCAGUUGCCGCAGCUGAAGCUCCGGUUAAAACCGAAAAGCAGCUGAAGAAGGAAGCGGAGAAGGCUGCCAAGUUGGCGAAGCUGCAGGAGAAGUUGAACAAGAAACAGCAGCAAGAGCAGCAGGCUGCUACUAAACCGAAGGCUGAGAAAAAGGCCAAGGAAACCACUAAAGAGGCAAUUGUCUACACCGGUGACACGAAGGAAGGUGAGAAAAAGGAUCUCAGUGGGCCGUUCCCGGAAGCUUACAGUCCGCAGUAUGUAGAGGCCGCGUGGUACAGUUGGUGGGAAAAGGAAGGAUUCUUCAAACCUGAAUAUGGGCGCAAAGAAAACAAUCCUCGCGGUCAGUUCGUUAUGGUCAUUCCACCUCCCAAUGUGACCGGAUCGUUGCACUUAGGUCAUGCUUUGACUAACGCCAUCGAGGAUGCUAUUACCCGUUGGCACCGGAUGAAGGGACGCACGGCGCUGUGGGUGCCAGGAUGUGAUCAUGCUGGAAUAGCUACGCAAGUGGUGGUAGAGAAGAAACUCUGGCGUGAACAGCAACUCACCAGACACGAUUUGGGGCGUGAGAAGUUCAUCGAAAAGAUUUGGCAGUGGCGUAAUGAGAAGGGGGACCGUAUUUACCAUCAACUCAAGAGGUUGGGUUCGUCCUUCGAUUGGGACAGGGCAUGCUUCACGAUGGAUCCCAAGUUGUGCAAGGCCGUCACCGAGGCAUUCGUGCGGUUACAUGAACAGGGAUUGAUUUACAGAAGCAGUCGGUUGGUGAAUUGGUCAUGCGCUCUGCGGUCGGCUAUUUCCGACAUCGAGGUGGAUAAGGUUGAGAUUCCAGGGCGCACAUUGCUUUCCAUUCCUGGCUAUAGCGAGAAGGUUGAAUUUGGAGUGCUGGUUUCGUUCGCUUACAAAGUGAUGGACAGUGAUGAGGAGAUUGUUGUGGCAACGACUCGUAUUGAAACCAUGCUCGGUGACACAGCCGUAGCUGUACAUCCAAACGAUGAGCGCUAUAAGCAUUUACAUGGUAAAUUUGUUCAGCAUCCGUUUUGCAGCAGACGACUGCCGAUAGUUUGUGACGAGUUUGUUGAGGUAGGAUUUGGAACGGGUGCGGUAAAAAUUACUCCAGCCCACGAUCCGAAUGACUACGAAGUUGGAAAGCGUCAUAAUUUGCCGUUCAUUACGAUUUUCACCGAUGAUGGAUUUAUUAUUGGUGACUAUGGUGAAUUUUCGGGUAUGAAAAGGUUUGAUGCGAGGAAAGCUAUUCUGGCUGCGUUACAGGCGAAUGGAUUAUACAAGGAAACCGUGGAUAAUCCAAUGGUCGUUCCGAUCUGUUCUCGUUCGAAAGAUAUUGUUGAGCCACUUAUAAAGCCACAAUGGUACGUAAAAUGUGACGAUAUGGCUAAGAAUGCUACUGAGGCCGUGCAAUCGGGAGAGCUGAAGAUCGUUCCGGAAAUUCACACAAAAACAUGGUACCAUUGGAUGGAUGGUAUUCGGGAUUGGUGUGUGUCCCGUCAACUCUGGUGGGGUCAUCGUAUCCCAGCGUACCAAGCGACGUUCAAAGAUCCUAGCCAGAGGCCAGCUGAUUUGGACGAGGAAAGUGUCUGGUUCGUUGGGCGUAGCGAGGAAGAAGCGCUUGAAAAGGCCGCUAAAUAUUUGUCCGUCGGAAAAGAUUCCUUGGUUAUGAGACAGGAUGAGGAUGUACUAGAUACUUGGUUCAGUUCGGGGCUGUUCCCUUUCUCCGUUUUUGGUUGGCCUGAUAAUACCGAUGAUUUGAAAUUGUUUUACCCGACAUCGCUGCUUGAGACAGGCCACGAUAUUUUGUUCUUUUGGGUCGCUCGGAUGGUGUUCUUCGGACAAACGUUGUUGGGCAAGCUGCCUUUCAAAGAAGUGUUCCUGCAUCCGAUGGUCCGUGAUGCUCACGGUAGAAAAAUGUCCAAAUCACUAGGUAAUGUGAUCGAUCCGAUGGAUGUGAUCAUGGGAAUUUCGCUGGAAGGGCUUCACAAGCAACUGUAUGAUUCGAAUUUGGAUCCACGAGAGAUCGAUAAAGCCAAGGCUGGCCAGAAGCAAGACUAUCCUAACGGCAUUCCCGAGUGUGGAACGGAUGCGAUGCGUUUUGCGCUGUGUGCCUACAUGACUCAGGCUCGCGAUAUUAAUUUGGACAUCCAGCGUGUCCAGGGCUAUCGGUUUUUCUGUAACAAGCUGUGGAAUGCUACAAAGUUUGCGCUUAUGUACUUCACCGGAGAGGAGAAAUUUGACGACAUCCAAGUGUUGACCGGCUCUGAAAGCAGCAUUGAUUUGUGGAUUCUUUCCCGUCUGGCCAACUGCAUCGACACUUCAAACAAAGGUUUCGAGGGUUACGAAUUUGCCCAGGCCACUAAUGCUUGUUACAAUUUUUGGUUGUACGAUCUGUGCGACAUCUAUCUGGAAUGUCUCAAGCCGGUGUUCCAAUCGAACUCGGAUAACGCAAAGGCAUCUGCCAGGAAAACUUUGUACACCUGUUUAAGCCUUGGUCUGAAGCUGCUAUCUCCCUUUAUGCCGUUCAUCACGGAGGAGCUCUAUCAACGCCUUCCUCGUGCCGAUGUGGAAAAUGUGGCUAGCAUCUGUGUGGCACCCUAUCCCGAGCUGGAGACCUCUAACUGGAAGAACGAAUCACUCGAGAAGGACUUUGAGUUUGUGCAGCGAGCUGCAAAGAUCAUUCGGUCGGCUCGAAGCGAUUACAACCUUCCAAAUAAGAUGAAAACCGAAGCCCAUAUCGUUUGUAGUGAGGAUGCUUUGAAGGCAACGUUGGAACGCUUCGCGUCUGAUCUGGCAACGAUGUCGUACUCGCAGAUACACUUCGUUAGCGGGAUGCCACCUGCUGGAUGUGCAAUUUUGACCGUUUCAGGUGCAUGUGUGGUGCAUCUUGUGCUGAAGGGGUUAAUCGAAGUCGAUAAAGAAAUCGAAAAGCUCACCAAAAAGAAGGAUAACCUAAACUCUACUGUGGAAAAACUAGAACAAGCCAUGAACGCCCCGGAUUACACGACAAAGGUUCCCGAGGAUGUGAGAAACAACAACCAAGAAAAAUUGAAUCAAUCCAAGAUCGAAAUGGAACGUAUCGUUGCAGCAAUGGAGACACUUAAUACGAUGUAAGUCCCCUCUAGAAACGAAACAUUUCACUAAUACGCAUUUUAUCCAACUCGUUGCUGGAAAGAAGGCUUUCGGCGCUUGAAGUCCGCAAAACUGCAAACCUUAAGCAGUAGUGAUAGUAAUUUAUUGAUGCUAUUUAAAUGACACAGCACAGCAAGAGAACACGGCAAUAAAUAUUACGACGAUUAAAAUAUGUAAACUAAGCGAUUGCAAGCACACUCAA